CGAUUUUACCCAUUCCUUACCAGGCUCCAGAAAACCGAAUAACAGCAUGAAUACAAAAACUACAUGUGUAUAUAUUCUGCAUCUUCUUCCUGUAAUUUAUUCAUAGGAACAUUUCCGACAGCCGGAGCAAUCAUCAAGCGAUAGAAAAAGGCAGGUCCGMCGGAAAACCUUCAGAUUCCGACGAUGAGGGUUGAGCUAGUGGUGUUGGCGGGUUUCUUCAUCUGGUGUUCCCUCCUUGUGGGAAAUUCUUCUGCAGCCAUCGGAAACCACUUGCACGCCGGAUUCUACCGCUAUAGUUGCCCCCAGGCCGAGAAAAUCGCCGGCGAUGUUGCCAAAGAGGUACUCGGAGCAGAUCCAACUCUCGCUGCCAGCAUCCUUCGCCUAUUUUUCCACGAUUGCUUUGUCAAUGGUUGCGACGCUUCAAUUCUAUUGGACACGACAAAAUCCGGCGAGCCAGUGGAAAAGACAUCACCGGCGAACGGCAAAACUCUGAGAGGAUUCGAAAUGAUCGACGAAAUCAAGGCCAGAAUCGAGACGGCCUGUCCCGGCAUUGUAUCUUGCGCAGACAUAUUGGCGUUCGCAACCAGAGACGCAACCGUCUUCUCCGGUUUGCCGAACUUCAUCGUCCCGGCCGGCCGCCGCGACGGCCUCGCCUCCCGCGCAACCGACGUAAUCGGUAACAUCCCGUUUCCGACGAUGACYGUGGCCGAGAUGACCAAAAUCUUCACAAGAAAAGGAAUGACGGUGGACGAAAUGGUAGUGUUGACCGGAGCGCACUCGAUCGGCAGAGCACAAUGCGAUUUCUUCGAUUACAGGCUCUACAAUUACAGCGAGAACGAAGCGCGAGAUCCUAGAAUGGAAGCGGCGUACGGUCAUUACCUGUCGGUUCAUUGCCCGCCGCUGUUGCCUGGGCAAGAGAGGGGAGAAAUUCAAGUGAAUUUUGAUCCGUCGACGCCUUUGAGGCUGGACAAUUCGUUCUAUCUGAGGCUGAAGGAAGGGAGGGUGCUGCUCAAAUCGGACCAAGACAUGGCGGAUGAUCCAACCACGAGGGAUCUUGUUCGGAGAAUGGGGACUGAACCGAGGCUGUGGUCCAGGAGUUUUACCAGGGCCAUGGUUCGACUCAGUAGGCUGGAUGUGCUCACCGGAAACACGGGGGAGAUUAGGAGGAAUUGUCGGGCUGUUAAUUAAAAUAUUGUUU